AGGUAACCUGCAGCUAUGGAGUCACCGACUAAGGAAAUCGAAGAAUUUGAGAGCAACUCUCUGAAAUAUCUGCAGCCAGAGCAAAUAGAGAAAAUCUGGCUUCGUCUCCGAGGCUUGAGAAAAUACAAGAAAACGUCACAGAGAUUGCGGUCUUUGGUAAAGCAAUUAGAGAGAGGGGAAGCUUCGGUUGUAGACUUAAAGAAGAAUUUGGAAUAUGCUGCGACUGUUCUUGAGUCAGUAUACAUUGACGAAACUAGGCGUUUACUGGACACAGAAGAUGAACUCAGUGAUAUUCAGUCUGACUCUGUGCCCUCAGAGGUCCGUGACUGGUUGGCUUCUACCUUCACGCGGCAAAUGGGGAUGAUGCUCAAAAGGACAGAGGAAAAACCCCGGUUCAGGAGUAUUGUCCAUGCAGUGCAAGCUGGGAUAUUUGUAGAAAGAAUGUACAGACGGACUUCAAAUAUGGUUGGCUUGAGCUACCCACCAGCUGUAAUUGGAGUGCUAAAGAAUGUUGACAAGUGGUCCUUUGAUGUAUUUGCACUAAACGAUGCCAGUGGGGAUCAUGCACUGAAAUUCAUUUUCUAUGAACUUCUCACGCGCUAUGAUCUGAUCAACCGUUUCAAGAUUCCCAUUUCUGCCCUGGUGUCCUUUGUGGAAGCUCUGGAGGUUGGCUACAGCAAACACAAAAAUCCUUAUCACAACCUCAUGCACGCUGCAGAUGUGACACAGACAGUCCAUUACCUCCUUUUCAAGACAGGUGUAGUGCACUGGCUGACAGAGCUGGAGAUCUUCGCUAUGAUCUUUGCAGCUGCCAUACAUGACUAUGAACACACUGGAACCACUAACAACUUUCACAUCCAGACACGGUCAGACUCAGCCAUUCUAUAUAAUGACCGGUCUGUGCUUGAAAAUCACCAUGUUAGUGCGGCGUAUCGUCUUUUGCAAGAUGAUGAAGAGAUGAAUAUUUUAUCUAAUCUCUCAAAGGAUGAUUGGAGAGAAUUCAGAGCUCUAGUGAUUGAGAUGGUGUUGGCCACUGAUAUGUCCUGUCACUUCCAGCAAAUCAAAGCUAUGAAGAAUGCUUUGCAGCAGCCAGAAGGAAUUGACAAGCCGAAAGCCUUAUCACUGUUGUUACAUACAGCAGAUAUCAGUCAUCCAGCCAAGGCUUGGGAUCUUCACCAUCGCUGGACAAUGUCUUUGCUAGAGGAGUUCUUCAGACAGGGUGACAAAGAAGCAGAACUAGGGUUGCCCUUCUCUCCCCUGUGUGAUCGCAAAUCUACUAUGGUUGCUCAGUCUCAAAUAGGUUUCAUUGAUUUCAUUGUGGAACCCACUUUUACUGUGCUGACUGACAUGACAGAGAAGAUUGUGACUCCACUCAUCAAUGAAGCUUCCCACUCUGGCAUGUCCGGAUUCAGGCGCUCCAGCCUAAAUAACAUUAGUCCCUCCGAAGUUAAAAGAUCAAGUGUCAAGAGCACUGGGUCCGAAGGAAGUGCCUCACUUAACUGCUCCAUACUCACUGUGGACUUCAAAUGUUUUAAAGCCACCUGGACUGAGGUGGUGCAGCAGAACAGGGAGAAAUGGAAAGCGCAAGCCACCAAAGAUGCAGAAGAAAAAACUAAGAAAGAAGCAGAGGAAAAUGCCUAUCAGGGAACAGAUGAAAAGGAAAGCGAAAAGGAUGAGAAGCCAGCUGAAGAUACCACAGCAACAAAUACAGAGAACAGCAAAGAACCAAAUCCUAGGGAAAGCAAAAGCACAGAUUGCAGUAAAAAUUCUGUAAAUGAGACUCAGCAAAGGGGCAUGAACAAACACAAAGCCUCUCAAGGGAAAAACAUACCUAGGACAGAUAAGGGAACAGACUCUCAUCACACAGUGGGAGAAGAGAAACAGCAUGUCCAGAAUGGUGAAUUAAAGGAAGACAAUAAGUUGGACAAAAGAGAUAAGUCCAGUGUGGGGGAUGAAUCAAAGAAAACAGAUGCCAUCAAACCUCAGCUGCAUCACCUCAGGAGGCCCACUCACAGCUCAGGAGACUAUUUCCCUACCUUCCACAAGAAAUUGGAGGAACAGCAAGUGAGAUGCAAAGUGCUUGAUGAGAGGGAAAGGAUGAAGAAGAUUCAACAUAUUUCCCAGAGCUGGAAUAGGAAAUAGCAGAAGAGUUAAAGAGGCAUCUUGUGGAAUGAUGCUUCUCACAGGCAGAUGGAGGAUAUUGUGCAACCAUUGCACAGCCAUACUGCACUGUACAGCAGCUGCAAUUUUGAAUAAAAGCGAGUGUAUGAUUUAACUAAAUGAUAUAAUGGACAUUUUGUUAGAAAUGUUCUCAGUAGCCUUAUUAUUGCAGCAUAUGCCCACUUAGUACUAAAGUAUUGGGCUGCUACUUUAAAAGAUGUAACUGUAUAUGGCUUGUCUCCUGUCAAAUUAAGCCAAUGCUUUCCUAGAUUAUUUGGCUCCUUAUGGCGUUCUCAAUGCGACCUUCUGCCUACCACAGAUAAAACAAUAACUCUUGUUUCAGACAGCAAGGGAAAAUUUUUUAUUGUCUAGCAGUACUGAGAAUAAAUGUUCUCCUGUCAUAGUGUGACCUAUCAGGAGGAUGCAGGUGGAAGGCUGGAGUACAAAAUCCUCUCCCUUCACUCACUGGAAAAAGAACACAUAGCACAGCAUUAAAAUUGUUCUUUGCUCAAACUCUGUUCGAUGUUAAAUAACACUGAUUGUUUUCUAUGGCAUUAAUUUAGUUGAGU